AUGAGCAAUCCUCGCGUAACUAUUGCAGUAUUCUUGGCAGCACUUGUUUUCACUACAACUUUUACAGAUUUUGUGGUGGAGGGUAAAGAUGAAAUCAUAAUCUCUUUCAAAUGCAAAAGUAAAUCAGAAUGCUUAACAAACAUUGCUUGUCAGGCUUGUGUUGAUUGCCGAUGCGAUAAUGAAAAAUGUAAAUGUCAUGGUUUCAAAGAAGAAAUCGAGAAUCCAACAGUUUCUCCAUUAGGAUUUUGA